GAUGCUGUACAAGAAGGGUGACCGGUCCAACUGUAACAACUACAGGGGGAUUUCGCUACUAUCUCACGUAGGCAAGGUCCCCAUCAAGAUCAUCACCAAUCGUCUAAGAGCCUUCUGCGAAGCCAACAACAUCCUCCCGGCGGAAAAGUGCGGAUUUCGACCCGGGCGAUCCACCGUCGACAUGCUGUUGGUCGUACGCCGCCUCCAGGAGCUGGGGCGGAGAAAGAAAAUACCGCCCUACAUGUACUUCGUCGACUUGACGAAGGCGUAUGAUUUGGUGGACCGAGAGAUGCUUUGGAAGGUGCUGGCCAGGGCCGGGAUUCCCGCGAAGCUGAUCAAAGUCAUCCGCCAAUUCCACGAUGGAAUGCGGGCCCGGGUGCGCAUGGACGACGGAGAACUAUUGGACUGGUUCUUCGUGACACAGGGCGUGCGACAAGGAUGUGUGCUUUCUCCACUGCUGUUGAACAUCUUGUUUGCCGAGGUCCUCGAGGUCGUUGUCAUCCGAUUCAGCGAGGAUGAUGUUGUUCUGCCGAGCCUGGUGUGCUUGGAGGAGGGGAAGACAGAAGCCCGCGGGGGGGAAGAGACACCCCUUGACCGAGUUCAGAGCGCAGUAUGGGGGAUGCUGUACGCCGAUGAUGCCGGCGACGUAUCGAGACCGAAAGCGCCAUUCCGACUCAAGAUCCGCCUUCUCCAGGCGGGGGUGAUGGAGGCACUGCUGUAUGGCUGCAUGACAUCGUCACCACUCGGCGGCCACUAUCAGACGCUGCGGUCGAUACACCACCAACUGCUCCUUCGAGUUAUCGGGUACAAGCGCAAGAAAGACACCUACCGGCAGCUCUCUUACGCCCAGGCGCCAAAGAGGGUCGAAUGCCAGAGCGUUGAAGCCACGAUCCGACAACGAAGCCAACUUUUCGCGGGAGCAUUGACAAGGCAGCCGGACGGGCGACUCCCGAAACGACUGAUGCUCGGCGAGCUGGCGGGGGGGAAGAAUCGACGUAGAAGGGGACAAGAACAGAACUGGCCGAAGUGUGGGUUUGACGACCUGAAGGCAUUCGGGGCCGACUACGGAUCUACGAAAACCGAUCCAUGCUGUCUCGGAAUCCCGGUACCGACAGACACGGCACCGAAGUUAAAAUGGACGGAAGCCGCGAAGGUUGAGGGGGGAGUACCCUGGCGGUGCUGCAGGGAGCUGAGAGGGGUCCCACAAGGUUGCACGCUGUCCCCAACAUUGUUCCAGGUGUUCAUCAACGAUCUGUUGGAAGUCGUAGAGGCAGUCCGGAAGGGAGUAAGAGUAGGGGACACGGAAACUUCAGUGUCAGGAAUGCUGUUUGCGGAUGAUUUUGUCGAACAUAGAUGGAAGUGGGGGAUCGAGGAGAUUGCAGUAGUGGACCAGUACACAUACCUCGGAGUAGAGAUCGUAAAAGACUGCUCGUGGAAUGCACACAUGUGCAAGGUAGCGGAGAAGGGCAAAGCGCGAGCAGGGAAGCUGCACCCAAUACUCGCAAACCGGCACCUCGAUACACGCAUCAAAUUGACGGUUUUGAAGAGCGUAAUCGUACCGCCGCUAGAGUACGCCGGAGAAGUAUGGGAAGGAAAUA